GUCGUGUCGGUGCGCUACUUUGGCGUGCCUGGAGGAGUGUUUGGCCACACGGCAGCAGCCGGCGAGCAGCAGCAGCAUGGCGGCACCAAACAGCGGUCCCAGAGCAACCGGCCCAUUGUCAUUGACUGCAGCGAUGAAUCCGACGAGGCCGACGAGGCCGAUGAGAUUAUCGAGAUCGACAGCGACAGCGACAUGGAGCCGCCGGCGGCGGCUGUUUCCACUCGGCGGGACAUGACGGCAGACUCACACAAAGCCGUCGCUGACAGCGAGGACCAAGAAAUGACCGACGCAGCGCAAGGCGGCAAAGACGCUGCCACUACAGUCGCCCGCGAAGCCAGUAUCAACAGCGGCGACAACAGCUCGUCGCAGCAACACGACAACCACCACAGAAACGUCCGCGAAAGCACUGCCGCGACAACACGCACCAUGGCCGGCGCCGAGCUGGCCAACGUGCUCGACGCGGUGGACCCGCGCGUGGAGCUGCACAGCACGUUCACGAUGGCGAAACUUGCCAACGCGGAAGCGACGCGCACGUUCCUCGAGCUGGCGCGGCCCGACAACAGCCGCAUCGAGGACAACCACUUCUACAAGACUCACAUCCGGCCAAGCUACGAGGCGCAGUUCGACGCGCACACGGCGGCCGUCGUCGACGGCGGCAAGCCCGAGACCCUGCUCCAGGUGGAGUGGGACCCCCCUGCCGGCCCGCGCUACCGCUGGCCCUUCUUCUGCCUGCGCGUCGAGGUUGUGGAGUCGCUGCUGCGCAGCUCGCUGGAUAUUGGGGGUAUGGUGGUUGAUGGUGGUGCUGAGGAGGGAACUCGGGCUGGGGUGCGUGCUGCUGAGGACGGGGAGAUGAGCGAGGAGGACUAGUUACCUUGGGCAUGCGGCGGCGGACUAGAUUGACUUUGUACAACUGCGUCUCACAACUGGAUAGUAGCACGGACGAAGUUUUGGGCGAGGAGGAGGAGUUAGGCAGCGGUGGUAAGCCUGAUUGACUUGACCGCUGUCACGACUGUGUGAUGACACAGACGGCAUGUUGAGCGAGGAGUACUUGGGCUUGUGGGAAAGAGCAACGGGGCGGACGGACUCUGUGGAUGGAAACAGUCUUGCUUGGCUGGCUUGUCUCUCUGUGUAGCUAUCCGUAAGGUUUUGUAGUGUAAAUGUAUCGCUUGUACGAG